CAAAUGGUGAAAUGCAACUUCGCAGCUGGUUGAUUUAUUCAAAAACGCUAGACUUGGUAUUUUGUUUUUACCGUACAUUAUUUUCCUGAGGAAAUGAAAAACUCUACGCGAUUUAUAGGAUAGUUAUUGUAAACUGGAGAAAGUUAUCAACUAUAAUUCAAGAUCAUGAGGGUUCUAUUUGUCCCUUAAUUCAUUUAUCGCUUGGAAAGAAUUACUGAAACGACUAAAUUUAUGUUCAACUAUUGAUAAAACAAAUCAAGUUAAUAUAAGUAAGGAAACGGAAAGACUGAAAUUACUAUUUCAAAGAAUUAUAGAUAUAAUUCUAUUUUUAGCUAAUAAGUCUUUUAAUAAUCUUCCACUUCGAGGAAAUCAUGAAAUAAUAGGAACGCCUGAAAUAAUGGAUUUUUUUAAAGUUUAAUCGAAUUAUUAAGUAAAUAAUUAUUAAUUAAAUUACUUCAGCGCUUAUGGAUCAGAUAAAUAGAAAGAAAAAAAUUCCAAAAGUAGAAUUGGGGAUGAUUUAGCUCAUACAUCAAAUGAACAAAUUAUUCCUGCGUUAUGAAAUGAAGUUCUUAACAAAAUAGUGCAAAAGUACACGUUUUACAGUAUCCAAAUGUUUUCUACUUCUGAUAUUUCAUAUAAAAAACAAAAUUCAGUCUUUAUUAGGUAUGAAAAUUUUGAGGAGAAAGGAUUAAGUAUAAACGUGUCAUUUAUAUGGUUUAUUAAAGUAACUGUUGUGACUGGAGAAGACUAGCAAAAGUAAAAAAUUGGAAAUAUUAAGUGAGCGUUAUUUAGAUAUUAUGGAUUAUACUGGACAGGCAUACUACAACGGUAGCAAAAUGAAAGGGAAAUUAAAGGUGUACAAUCUAGAAUAAUUGCACUAAGCCCUCAUGCAAUUUAUGUGCCUUACCUAUAACACUCUUUUAAUUUAUUAAUUUGUGUUGGGAUGAAGCGAGCGGACUAUUUUUCUCGCGUAGGAAUAUCUGUGUGACUACGCUUCUGGCGCUUCGUUCCGGCACCAUUCCUCCCGCGAACAAGAUGCUGUGUUCGGGUAGAAAAAAAAAUGGGAUCAAUGAACUUCAAUGAUUCCUUUCUCUUUAUCCAGGAAUCUGAGCAAUGCCUGAUAGACUUGUUUAAUAAUGGAUAGAAAUAUGAAAGAGAAAUUUCCUGACUUUCCAGAGACAUAGGCAUUCCUCUCCAGAGACAUGGACAGAGGGGGCGUUAGUAGAGAAGCAAAGGAGACAAUUGUCUCCCUGUUAGUUAUCGCCUGUACCCUCUGUUAGCGAAAAAUCGGCAAAAGUCUUCACGACUUCACACCGGUUAUGGAGAGCUGGGCAUUAACGAAGAAUGGACAAAGAUGAUUCUCAAACUAUAUCUUUUGAUAGAUGGAGUGAUUAUUUGUUUUUUUUACCAAGAUUUGAGCUAGGAAACCUUUUUUGUACCUGGAGGGAUGCAACUUUUCUAGAUGUGGGUGAAAAUCUUUCAGUUCCAGAAGAUUUCACUAAGAAAGAGAUGCAAACAGGAAUGUGGUGGCGCCAUUUAGUGGCAGGAGCCAUAGCUGGAGGUGUCUCUCGGACAUGUACAGCUCCUUUAGACAGAAUCAAAGUAUUUCUUCAGGUUAGAAAUAGAGAAUAUUCUUCAAUAGGUGUUUGUUUAAGGCAUAUGCUUAAAGAAGGUGGAUAUGCCUCUUUGUGGAGAGGGAAUGGAGUUAAUGCAUUGAAAAUUGCUCCUGAAACUGCUAUUAAGUUUGCAGCAUAUGAGCAGCUGAAGUCUUUAAUACGAGGUGAUACAGAUAGAGAACUGCAAAUUUAUGAAAGGUUUCUUGCAGGUUCAAUAGCUGGUGGUAUUGCUCAGUCAUCAAUUUAUCCUUUAGAGGUUUUGAAAACCAGAUUAGCUCUUAGAAAAACAGGACAGUACAAGAGUGCUUGGGAUGCAGUAUGUAAAAUUUACAGAACUGAAGGUCUUCGUAGUUUCUAUAAAGGUUAUUUGCCAAAUUUACUUGGAAUUAUACCAUAUGCUGGUAUUGAUCUUGCAAUUUAUGAGACAUUAAAAAAAUCUUAUACUACUCGACAUCCUGAAGUAAAAGAACCUGGUUCCAUGGUACUCUUAGGUUGUGGAACUGCGAGUAGUUCAUGUGGUCAGAUCGCUACCUACCCUUUAGCUUUAAUUCGAAUUCGCCUUCAAGCACAAGCUGUUACAUCUGAUCAUUCACCAGAGGCAGGUACUAUGAUUGGACUUUUCAAAUCUAUUAUUAAACGAGAAGGUGUGGCUGGAUUGUAUCGUGGUAUAACACCAAAUUUUAUGAAGGUUGCUCCAGCUGUUAGUAUAAGUUAUGUUGUUUAUGAAUAUUUAAAGAAUAAACUAGGAGUAAAAGCAACAUAAAUUUAGAAAGCUGUGAAGACUUAAACACAUGGACUUACUACAGCAACAUUUUUUCCCUACUCUGUUGUUUAAUUUUGUUUUUAAUAGUAGCUAAUUUUAAAUGAUCAGUUUUUAAAGAAGGCAUUUAAAAAUGUAUAAAUUUGAAUCUAACAUUUGAUAAUGGUGUUACCAAAAAUUGCAUAAUAAGGGAUUUUUAUUUAAAAUGGCUGAUUUUAUGUAUAGAUAAUCAGUUAUUUGUUAAAUAUUGUAUUUGAGACAUACCUAUUUCACUUGAAUUCAUGCAAGUAAUGUGUGUUUCUGUUACCCUAUGUUGAAGCACUGAUUUCAAAUUUAACUAAAAGCAUUAAUGUUUGUAACAUGCAAUAUAAUAAUAAUUUAUUUAAAUUCCUUUUUUUGAUAAAAGAUUCUUAUAUGAUUUUGCUCAUUUAACUUCAGUUGUACAUCAUAUAAUCUGAAUUGAGGGUUAUUGUUAUAAAUGUCUUAAUAUAUUUAUCAGGUAUCUGUGAUAAGGCAGCAAAUGUUCUUCUUAAAAUAUAUUUCAUUUAAUAAAUUGAUACAUUUUAGUAAUUAUUGAUAGUUUCUCUACAAUUUCAUACAUUUUUGAACAUAUAUUUUUUUUUUCAAUUAUAAUCAGGCAGAAGAAUGAUGUAAUGCUCCAGUUAAUCUCUUCAAAUACCAGUACGCAUUUGUGCUUUUAUUAAUAUUUAUAUUUCAUAUCUAUUGUGAAUAUCAUUUUGAUGUACUUCUAUUUUGCAUAAUUAUUUAACUUUGGUUAACUUCUUUAAUGGUAAAUUUUAGACAGGUUUUGUGAAUAUUUACUAUAUUUAUAAAACAAAUAAAAAUCAAGUUUUUAUGAAAAAAUUAGUUAUUUCAAAACAUAUCAGUCAUAACAUGCUUGCACACUUGAUAAUUUAAAUUGAUUACCAGUGAAAUUUGAAAACUAUCUGAAUAUUAAAAAUUUCCUGUCUGUUUCAGAAAUAACUUGCUAGGCUGGAGUGCAAAAAGAAUUUUUUUUAAUAUAUUAUUUUUCUAAAAAUCCAAUUUAUUUCAUAUGUUGCACAAGUUUUCAGACAGAUUUCCAUGUGUGAAUUUAAGCCAUUAUGUAAUGCAAGAAAAUGUCACAGGUUCACUAUCAUUUAUUAGUUUACUAAUUUAUUUAACUAAUAAUUUUAUUUUUGAUCAAAGUUUUUUUCUUUUUCUUUCAUUUUUAAAGAUAUAGACACAUAAGGCUUUGAUAUAUUAAAGAAAAAAUUUUUAAUUGUAUAAUUUAAACUAUAAAAUUAUUAUCUAGUUUGGGCAUUAAAUAGUAAAUAUUUAAAUAAAACUAGUCAUGUAAAGUUAAUUUUAUCUAUCAAGGCUAUCCAGUUUUCUUUGUCUUAGGAACUGUUUUAUAAAUGACAGUUCUCCAAUCAGUGUAGAGUAUUAUUUUGCUUUCCUUGCAUUCAGAAAUUUCUUUAGAUAGGAUAGUAAGUUUAAAUGAUGAGACUAUUUUUGUUCUGAUAAGUUCAAUUAGUACUUUUUUUUUUUAAAUAAAUGACAAUUUUUAAUUUUUAAAACUAUUUCUGAAUAUAAAUAUUAUAUGUUGAUUUUGGUUUCAUUUGUUCCUAAACUUUAGCUCCUUUCUAAAUGUCACUAUUUAUUACAAAGAAUGCAUCAUUUAUUUUAGAAAAAUCAUUUGCUGCCUUCUGUGUUAUGCAAGUUUUGUUUUUGUUAAAAGAAAAUGUAUAUAUAUUUAUU